GGGCCUUUAACAAACCCAGUUUGGAAAAUGGGCCUUUUGUAGUCUGGGCUAAAAAAACGUAAAAUUAUCGCUUCCCCUCGGACUCCACCAUAGUAUAAAAACAGUAAAAACUAGCGAAAGCUGAGAAACUUUGGCCGAAGUUGCGAUCUUUCAGGUGAAAGGCAAUGGCGACGGAAGAGGAGUCCAUAGAACAAGCUGCGGUCGCGCGAAGAGAGAGGCUGAGAGCACUCAGAGCUGCUCAGGAGCUCCUUCACACUCCCGAUGAAGUCGACCCCAGCUCCAAUAUUGAUGGUGAUGCUAAUGAUGGUACCCGCGACUCUAAUCCAAGCAUGAAAUUUCGGAAUUAUGUUCCUCAAGAUAAGGAGCUUCAGGAAGCUAAGCUUGCUGCCCCUGUCCUUCCAAAGUUUGAGGACCCUGUUGCUGCUGCUCCUCCUCCUGAUAACAAAGAGGAUCCAUUCCUCAACAUUGCUCCAAAGAAACCCAACUGGGACCUGCGGAGGGAUGUCCAAAAGAAGCUUGACAAGCUGGAGAGACGCACCCAGAAGGCUAUGUUUAAGCUGAUGGAGCAACAAGAGAAGGAGAAGCAGUUGGCUGAGGAUGUUACCAAUGGAGAGGAAGAUUAGAAAUUACAUGACCAAAGAUAUGUUGACGAGGCAUUUUAGUUUGUCAUCCACUGACUGGGAGUUGCAGAUUGUCACCCAGCAAAAUAUGAAAAAGCUAAUGUAAAGCACUGAUAUGCAGCUUGUGCCGUGGCUUGGUGGUCCACGUAUGGAAAUUCUUGGAAGAUUGGCAGCUUACUCUUUUCUGCUUGUAUGGCCUAAGAUAUUAUGUUUCUAGAAGUUGAUAUUUCAGUGAUUUGGUUAACAACUUCUAUUAUGAGGCAAGCUGUGUAGUGUACUCUCAUAUUUUGGCAAUGCUCGUUACUUGGAACAUGGAGAACCUAACGCGAGGAUAUUAUGUCAUG